AUGACGCAGCAAGAGGUGUUGUGUAUCCCGAUCAUAUGUGGUUUUCCCACCAAGAUAUCACAGGAUGAGGACAAGCAGGGGCGCAUGUGUCCAAGGUGUAACAAUGCUUCCGUGGUCGGCGCUUCCUCAAGGACUCGCUUCGAGCUGUUCUGGAUCCCCUUGAUCCCAUUCUCCAAGUCCCACAUCUGGAUCUGCAGCAUCUGUCAGUGGCAAAUGAAGAAGGGCGACGGUCACGACCCUCAGCCGCCAGGGGCGUACGCCGGGCAGCAGCAGGGUGCGCCGUAUCUACAGGGACCUGCUGGGCAUAUGUAA